CAAGGUACAAGGUUCAACUAAACGAGCCUACGGCAGUUUAUACAGCUGUUUUUAUCGUUUUAUUGUUGAAUGUAAAUUUGCACUUGGUGUUCUUGCUAUCUAUUAACAGUCAGUAUUAAUUCGUUGAUUCCUGUGCUCUUAAUUACCAAACUUGUGCCGUAAAUUCAGUGUAUCUACAACUAUUGUUAUCAUUGGAAUUAUUUUGAUAACAAUUAUGUUAACAAUUUAAUUGAUUUGCUAGUAAGAAAAUUAAGAUUUACGAUAUCGUACUUAAUUAGCUUCUUUUCCAUUUACUAGAAGGCACAGAGAUGAGUGAGCGUCCGCAGCCACUGAAAGCUGUUAAUCGGUUUUUUGAAGGCAAAGAACCAUGGCAGAUAGUUACAAUGACUGCUUCAUCAGUGCUAGCAAUAGUAUGGGCACACAGUCUCUACAAUGCCAAAGACAGUGUCACGGUGAGACUACGAAGAGAGUUCUUCAGAUGGCUUCGUCAAGUACCAAUAGUUCGUCGAAAGAUAGAAGAGAGAAUGAAUGAUAUCAAGAAAGGUUUCAAGAAAGAUGUAGCGAAGAGACUAGCCGGUAUGACUAUAUACCGGGAACUGCCUGAACGUGGUUUCACUGCUGAGGAGGUUGCUGAAGAAGUCAAAAAACAUCUGACACUAGGUUCAUAUGAUUGGAAAAUUGGUAACGUAUCUGGAGCCGUGUACCACGUGAACGAGGACAUCAGCGAUGUGGCGUGUUCCGCUUACUCCAUGACCGCGUACACGAAUCCGCUUCACGCGGACGUGUUCCCGGGCAUCAAUAAGAUGGAAGCUGAAAUAGUACGAAUGACAAUCAACCUGUUCCACGGCGACGACGAUUGUUGUGGGACGGUGACAACAGGCGGGACGGAGUCGAUUAUGAUGGCUUGCAAAGCUUUCCGAGAUUUGGCUUACAGUAAUGGCAUUAGCAACCCUCAAAUGGUGUUGCCAGUAACUGCGCAUACAGCUUUCGAUAAAGCGGCGCAGUACUUGGGCAUAUCUGUGGUGACGGUGCCAGUGUCGAGUGAAACUUACACCGUCGACGUGGAUGCCGUACGACGGGCUAUUGGCAGGAGAACUUGUAUGAUAGUGGGCUCGGCGCCGAACUUCCCGUACGGCACGAUGGACGACAUCGCGGCGCUGGCGGCGCUGGCGCAGGACGCGGGCGUGCCGCUGCACGUGGACGCGUGCCUGGGCGGCUUCGCGGCCGCCUUCAUGGCGCGCGCCGGCUUCGCGCUGCCGCCCUUCGACUUCCGCCUGCCCGGCGUCGCCAGCAUCUCCGCCGACACGCACAAGUACGGCUACGCCCCCAAGGGCACGUCGGUGGUGGUGUACCGUCGCCUGAGCCUGCGGCAUCACCAGUACACCGUCACUACUGACUGGCCAGGCGGAGUGUACGGGUCGCCUACGGUUAACGGCAGCCGCGCGGGCGGGCUGAUCGCGGCGUGCUGGGCCACCAUGAUGUUCGUGGGGGUGGAGCGCUACGUGCAGAUGACGAAGGAGAUCGUCUCCGUCGCGAGGUUCAUCGAAGCUGAGCUACGAAAAAUCGAAGGCAUAUUUAUAUUCGGCAAGCCGGCCACGACGGUGAUCGCGUUCGGCUCCAAAAAGUUCGACGUGUUCAAGUUGGCGGACAAGUUGCAUAAGAAGGGAUGGAGCUUGAACGCCCUGCAGUUCCCUUCAGGCAUCCACAUCGCCGUGACGCACGCGCACACGCAGGCGGGCGUAGCGGAGCGGUUCGUAGCGGACGUGCGCGCCGCUACGAGCGCCUGCCUCAAGGAGGGCGGGGAGCCGGUGGAGGGGAAGAUGGCCAUAUACGGCGUCGCUCAAGGCAUUCCCGACCGAAGUCUCGUGUCAGACAUCACCAAGUACUUCAUCGACUCAAUGUAUUAUCUGCCUAAGCCGGAAGACUACGUGGAAGAGAAUUAAACGAUUAAAAUACAA